AUGGCUCGACUUCCGGUGUGCCUGCUCCUGCUGCUGGCGAGUGCGAUUUGUUUUGGUGGCGCCUACGAGGCACCUGAGGCCCGGGUGCGCGUGUUUCAUCCCAAGGGAUUCGAGGUUUCCAUACCGCAUGAGGUGGGUAUUUCGCUGUUCGCCUUUCACGGCAAGCUGAACGAGGAGCUCGACGGCCUGGAGGCGGGGCAAUGGGCACGGGAUAUACCGAGUGCCAAGCGGGGCCGAUGGACCUUCCGGGACCGCGAGACGAAGCUGGAGCUCGGAGAUACUUUGUAUAUCUGGACCUAUGUGGUGUAUAAUGGACUUGGCUAUCGCCAGGACGAUGGAGCGUAUGUGGUGCAGAGUUAUGACAAUCAAUAG